UCUAUAGAAAUGUCAGGUAUGUAUACCAUGCAUUCUGUUUGGUGGUCAGUAUAUAUAUUGACCACACACACACAAAUAAGUUGCCAUCCUUCUCCUUUACGGACUCGUAAAUGUACCGUAGGCGGCUAGGAGAGGGGUGGCGACAAUGGUGGUUAGUGCUGGGAUUGAACAGAUAUAGAAUCAAGGCAUAACCUAAAAUGAAUGCAAGGUAUACUAUCCUAACAUUAAACGUAUUAUUCUAAGAAAAAUAACAUGUGUGUGUCAAUAGUAACAAAAAUUGCAAGAUUUGUACUUUAAGUACACGUGCGGAAUCAUAUAAUUACAGGGUCUGGUUCAACAUCAAUUUUGGCUCAUUUAGUUAUGAAAGUUACUUCAAGAGCUCAAUAAGUGAAGACUUUUAAGAAUAAAGUAAUUUCAUUGACUGUGUAAUACGGCAGGAUAUGAGAAAAUACAUCAUGGCGUACUCUCUCGGCUAAAGGAUGGUUUACUUACUUAUAAGAUACAUUUUAUUCCCCGUAUAAGAAAAAAGGCUCAAUUGUUAUAAAUAAUGUUUAAAAAAUAAAAGUAUGAAGAUUUCAGUAUUCGUCCGAAUUUAUGAAAUUAAAAAUUCAUUAUUCAAAAAUAAAAGGUCAUGUUAUUGAACAAAGUUGCUUCAGUUGCUUCCGGGAUACGUCACGAAUACGUCUCUGAUUGGCCAAAAGCGAAACAUGGCGGCCAUCGCGCCAUCGCGGCGGCCAUAGCACGAAGUAGUGUUGCUACAGUUACAGUAAGAAGAUUACCCGAAAUGUCGGGAGAAAAUUACGACUCGAAAGGAUUAACCGGAUAACUUCAGUGAAGAGAAGAAAUUAUUUUACAAACGGAUUCGACUUGGAAGGCAGUAAUGAGAAUUUUCUUAUAAGAUGAAUGUGUAAUUAAGUCAAACGGUCAUACUGAACUGUGUAUAGAUAUAAGUCGGUAAGAAUUUUGUCUUUGUGUUCGUAAUUAUAUUGGAUUGAUUAGUAUAUAAGCUAGAAGAUCUUUUCAGGGAUAAGAAGAGAAGCACUAGCCUAUGGUAUACUGCAGGUAUAUCUUAUAAGUCUUAUAAGACAAGCGUAAAAUAAGAAGGGGCAGAGGAAUUUUCCGCUUUGAAUUUUACUUGAUACAUGUGUGUUAAACUUAAUUAGAAUUAAGAUUUUAGUAUUAAGUAUUUGUAUAAAAGUAAUAACGAUGCAUCUAAAAGGACCGAAGAAGAAACAAGUUACGGUUAGUUUAUUCGUUAAAUAUGUCAGAAAUCAGGGAGUUCUGACUAAGGCUGGCAACACUAAUUCCCGUAGAGAAUACGCUUUACUUUGAAACUUUGUUUACGGAGAAGCUGCAACAGCGCUGGUUCCCAAGAAGUUUGCAUCCAGUUUAUAGGUAAGAUGCAGUUGUUUUGUACAAUUUCAAGUGCUUUAUAGAAGAAUUAAAUUGGUGAAUGAGUACGAUUAUUGAAAAUAUGUGUAUUUUACGUCAUAGGAAGACAAAAACACGAACCGGCCUCCGUGAACCAUCACGGACUCGACACAUACCACCGGAUUAGACGAGAAAAGAGAAAAGAAAUUCCUCGGACAAGAUGGACGAGAUUCUCUUAAUCAGACUUCGAAUCACCAGUGAAAAAAUUGGUGCUGAAUUGGAAACAAUACCCAGUACGGUUCGGUCAGAAAACAUAGGACAGGCUCAGGUCGUCUAUAACAGACUGCAAGCUGCAGUGAAUAGGCUCAACGCUAAUUUAUCAGAAUACUUUCGUUUAGCUACAACUCCUGCAUCAGAUGAAAUUUUCUUGAUUAGUGGCCAGCAGCUUUUAGCAGAAGAGACUUUAGCAGAACUCAAGGCGAAGAUCGACCAAGUCACCGUAUCCCGUGAGACCCAGGAAAAGCCGCCUGAAGUGAAUUCCUCUUGUCGACUACCGAAACUCCAACUACAGGUUUAUAACGGGGAUGUGCUUUCCUGGUGCGAAUUUUGGGAUAGUUUUAGCAGCAAUAUCGACUCAAGAAACUUACCUGAUGUAGACAAGCUGUCUUAUCUUAAAACUUCAGUGACGGGUGAUGCUAAGAAAGCUAUUGAUGGCCUGCCUACCACUAACGGAAACUAUAAGAUAGCGGUCACUCUACUAAAGGAACGUUUUGGCAAGAAAGCUCAUCUGAUUGAUGCCCACUAUGCUACAUUAUACAAAAUCGAAGCGGCAAAAAGCAUUAUCAUGGAUAACUUAUCCGCCUGACUUACCUAAUAACUUUGGAAUCGCCUUUGGGCGUCUGUCAAGUUUACUGAAGCGCAUGGACCAAGAAACCUUAAUGUCAUACGACGAUACAUUUAAACAACAAUUAGCUAAGGGUAUAAUAGAAGUCGUACCCACAUCAGGAACGUCAACUGGUAACGCUAUUCACUACCUACCCUUCCAUGGAGUACGUCAUCGAGGAAAACCUAUGCGAAUCGUGUAUGAUGCUAGUUCCAAGAGUAACAAGAACACCAAGAGUCUGAACGAGUGCUUAUACAGAGGACCACUCAUGCUUGAAGACCUUACAGGGUUACUCAUCAAAUUCAGGACACAUCACAUAGGAUUGACGUCCGACAUAGAAAAGGCGUUUUUACAGAUGGCAUUACACGAGAAGGAUCGUGACGUUACCAGAUUCUUAUGGCUUAAAGAUACCUCUAAACCAGUAUCUCAGGAUAACCUACUUUACCUAAGAUUCUGCAGAGUUCCAUUCGGCGUGAUAUCUUCACCGUUUCUACUGAAUGCGACUAUUAAAGAACAUUUAAAUAAUGCAGAAGAUCAGCAUGUCAGGCAGAAAGCGAAUGACAUAUACGUAGACAACUUUGUUUCAGGCUGUAGUACUACAGCUGAAGCAAUAGAGCUUUACAAAAGUUUAAAAGGAUCUUUUCAAGAUAUUUCAAUGUCACUCAGGGAUUGGAGUUCUAACUCCGAAGAAUUCAUGAAGAUGGUCCCUGAUACAUGUAAAGAAAACAAGGUAAAAGUACUUGGCUUAGAGUGGGACAUAAAAAAGGACACCCUCCAGCUGAAGCCCAACCUCCAAGAGGAAGCAGUCACAAAAAGAGGAAUACUGAAGACUAUCGCAUCAAUUUAUGACCCGUGCGGUUACGCGGCACCUCAUACAUUAUCAGCUAAACUUUUUCUGCAAGGACUUUGGAAGGCCGGAGUAUCUUGGGACUCACCAUUAUCAAGCGAGCUAACAGAAGAGUGGAACAUCAUCCGACAGAACCUAGAAGUCAUAGGAAAGGUAUCGGUGGAUAGAUGUUACAUGAAGACACCAACGGAAGCGAAUUACCAACUGCACUGCUUCACAGAUGCUUCACUACAAGCCUACGCAGCAUCGGUGUUUCUAGUCUGUGGCUCGAAGAAAAGCUUUAUCAUGGGUAAAUCCCGUCUGAUACCAACCAAGGAUCAAGAUAACCUCAAGAUACCCCGUCUAGAACUUCUGGGAGUACUGAUAGGCUGUAGACUGAUGAAGUUCGUCCUUAAGUUUCUGCAACAGAAAAUAGUAAGACAAGUCUUAUGGACCGAUAGUCAGAUUGUCAUCGAAUGGUGUAAGUCUAACAAACUACUUCCUCCCUUCGUUGCCAGACGAGUAGAAGAAAUCAAGACAAACAAAGACCUGGAGAUAAGAUAUCUACCAUCAAGCUUGAACCCAGCAGAUGUAGGCACAAGACCCCUUCGUGCAGAGGAGGAUAAGGAGAAAUGGCUGAAUGGUCCGCAGUUUAUAACAGAAGAUCCACAGAAAUGGCCAACCACAUCCGGCAGUGAGCCAACCAGUUCUCUUCUGACAGGGGAGGGUCUUGGGUUCCAAGAAGACAUAGAGAUGGUCGAUAAAGAAGAUCCAGUUGUUAAUGUCAACCCGAUGAAAACGGAGGAAAUUAUAACACCAAAUGAAGUGAUAGGAAAUAAUCAGUCAACAGACGACAAGCUUCAUAAAUUAAAAGAAAUUCAAGCUAAAUAUUUUCCUCUAGAGGUAGAAGGAAAAGAAACCAAUCUAAGUCGAAACUUAGGAGUAUUCAAGGACAUUGAUGACCUAUUGAGAUGCAAAGGUCGUAUGAAAAACGCAAACUGGUCGUUCGACAAACGAUACCCUAUACUCAUACCAAAAGAGUCAGAUUUCACGAAGGAAAUUAUAAUGAAAACUCAUCAAGAGAACAAACAUGUAGGUGUCAGCCACACGCUUGAUAAAAUAAGAGAAAUGUAUUGGAUUCCUCAAGGAAGAAGUAAAGUCCAACGGAUAUUAAAGGGAUGCCCUGAAUGUAUGAAACAUGAUGGAGGACCUUAUAGACUACCAGAAACCCCUGCUCUUCCUAAAGAGAGAGUCAAUUACAGCUCUCCUUUUACGUACGUUGGAACAGACUACCUGGGACCACUUCUAGUUAACAACGGGAAUGGCAGUUGUAAAAGAUGGAUUAGCCUUUAUACAUGUUUAGCGGUAAGAGCCAUUCACCUGGAAGUGGUAAAGGAUCUAACAGCGGAAGAAGGUCUUCUGGCCUUAAAAAGGAUGAUAUCAGCGAGAGGCGUGCCUACCUUAAUUACAUCUGACAACGCAGCUCAUUACAAGUUACUUUCUGAAAUUCUUCAAGACCCAUAUUGCAUAGAAAAGGAGAUUAAAUGGAAAUUCAUACCGCAAUUAGCCCCAUGGCAUGGAGGAUUUUACGAAAGGUUGAUUGGCUUAACCAAGAAUUGUAUGAAGAAAACCUUACAAAAACACUUAUUGAAUGACAGCCAGCUGGCAACAACAGUUAAGGAAAUAGAAGCAGUACUUAACACAAGACCUUUAACCUACGUGGAUUCAGAACCUGACCACGUAUUAAAACCCUCAGACUUUCUUACCAUGGGAAAAUGUAUCGUAAUGGAAACGUCGAGCAUGGAUCCUAUUACGUCACAUGGGACAGUAACCAAAGACAAUCUAAUUAAAGGUUGGAAGAAAGCGCUCAUCAUUCUACGAGAAUUCAAAGAGAUGUUUGAGAACAGGUAUCUCCUAAAUUUGAGAGAAAGAUACUCCCAUCAUCCUAAGGAGCCUAGAGUGACUUCAAAAUUAACGCCAAAAAUAGGUCAGAUAGUGCAAAUAAAAGGCGACACGAAGAAUAGGAUCAAUUGGAAAGUUGGGAAAAUAGUAUCUUUAAAGGAAGGCGCCGAUGGUUUAUGUAGAGUAGCCACGGUCCAAGUAGGAGAUACAAUAUAUACAAGAUCUAUCGCGCAUCUCUACCCGUUAGAGAUCGAAGAUGGAGAGGAACAGUGUAAACAAACGUCACAUGAAGAAAGCGUAGAAGAAUCUGUACAGGUUCCUGACGUCCCACAUCCAACAAGAAGGGACGACGUGAUGAAAGAAUCCACUAACGACGUUCUUAAGACUUCUGAGCAGAAAUCUUAUCAAUUAACAGAAUUAAACGAGUCAGAAGAAAUACCGUCUGAUUCAGUCUUAUUAGAGCCUGCAUCUAGUCAGUUACACGAGCCUGAGCCUAAGUCCAUACCCGAACCAGACCCACUCGCAGUCAAAGACAUGACGUUCUGCGAGAACACUGAUCCUGAAACGCACCACCUAGAGAACAUCGCGUCGGCUGAACAUCACGACGAGUCCAGACCUAAGAGAGCAGCGGCGCUUCGUGCUCUUGAGAAGAUUAAGGAGUGGACCAGCAACUUAGUCGCAGUUUUGCUGCCUGUAGUGGGGAGUGUCGCGACCAACGCGAAACUAUAGAGCCCCAAGAAUAUUCCCCUGCGGCAACACUGGCGGCGCCCUCUGGGUGGAGCCAUAAUCACGGAGUGACAAUCAGCCGCCGUAACAUAAAAGCAAGCGAAGCAGAUCAGAGGCUCACCUGGCCCCGAGAAGGUUGGGACAGCGUGAGCGUGGAUGAGGAAUCAUCUAUAGAAAUGUCAGGUAUGUAUACCAUGCAUUCUGUUUGGUGGUCAGUAUAUAUAUUGACCACACACACACAAAUAAGUUGCCAUCCUUCUCCUUUACGGACUCGUAAAUGUACCGUAGGCGGCUAGGAGAGGGGUGG